AUGGUGACCGUGAUCGCACUCUCCCUCGACGCCCGCGCGCGCGCGAGCGCCGUUCCGUCGACGAGCGCGAGACGACGGCGUCGAGAGCGUCACGCUUCGGCGCGAACCGCACCGCGAACGUCCUCGCGCGCGCGCGCGUCGUCGAACGAGCCAGAGGACGAGGGGCCGGGGACGCUCACGAUCGAUGACGUCUUACGCGCGUCCCCGGCGGGGUACGGGGCCACGCUCGGGAUGGCGUUGUUGGUGAAUCGCGCGCUGAGCGGGACGGCUCCGGUGGCGGACGCGUCGAGCGCGCAGAGUCGAGCGGACGUGUUGGGGCUGGUCAUGGCGGCGACGUUGAUAUUGACCGGGUUCACGUGGAUCGCGUUGAAACCUCGAGCGCCGAACGUGGUGGAUUUAGUGGGGGCGUCGAUCGAGACGCCGUACGUGACGGAACGCGCGAGCGCCGAGUUGCGAGAGGAGUUGGCGUGGACGUGGGACACCGCGAGAAGAGCGACGAAUUGCGAUGUGAUGGCUGUUUUUACAUCGAGCGGUGAACGCGUGAUGCAAGCCGGGAUCGGGGCGAACGCGUUGGGCAAUCCCGAGGUUUUACGCGCAGACGUGACGCUGGGACCCAUUUGCGCCGCCGCGGCGACGAAAGGCGAACCGAACUACCUGGCGAAUCUCAUCCUGUUCCCGGGUCGCGUCGAGUUCGAAUCUUUCUUUCCGGUGAACACUCAGGCUGUGUGCGUGCGUCCGAUCGGCGACGGCGCCGUGCUCGUGAUCGGCUCUCGCACGCAACGCGGUUUGACUCCGCGAGACCAGCGCUGGUUCGCCGCCGUCGCGCAAAAGCUCGACGUCGCCCUCGACCGCGGUCUCUCCUGA